CUUUAGAAUGGGACUGGUGCGAGAGAGCGGAGGUGCUGGUAACUCUGGUCUGGUGCCUCUCUUUUUGUGCGUGGUUCUCGCUCGGAGAAGUUAACUUGAAAACUGUGAUAGUUUUAAGAGAAGCUUGUGUACGAGUAGCUGCAGUUAGUGUUCUUCAGUUAGAAUCUAUCAACUUAAUAACAAGUGCGCAAUUCCUGGUGUAAAUCAUAAGUAAAAGAAAAGGAGGCCAGGUCGUUGUUGCACUGCAGCGCCCACAGCUGGUUUUCCAGCCAGUUCUGUUCCCUUCCCCCCCUUCUCGGUGGAGCCGCGGCUCGACGACACAACAAAAUGGCUGCUGAUUCACAUUGUUAGAUUUGUGCUCUGAUCCACCGUAUCGGGUGUGAGGCGAAAUUUCCACCUUUUUGUGAACGAUUAACUUGGUUCUCUUGCCUUCGUCUCCACCUUUUCUCAUUCUUUUCUUUUUUUGACCCAAGUUUUGAGUUUUUGAUUUGCUGAUUGGAGUUCUAUAUAAAUUUGUAUCUGUCGCUUGCAUUGUUGCGAUAACUCUGGUUAUAAAAUGUCGAGCCUAGUGAGGCCUCCCGAAUUCGUGAUUGCACAGAAAUACCGUCUUGUCAGAAAAAUUGGCAGCGGUUCUUUUGGUGACAUUUAUCUUGCAAUCAAUAUUGCAACUGGGGAGGAGGUUGCAGUGAAGUUGGAACCCAUGAAAGCCAGACAUCCUCAGCUGUUGUAUGAGAGUAAACUGUAUAAAGUUUUGCAAGGUGGCCUCGGGAUUCCACACAUCAGAUGGUACGGCCAAGAGCGAGAUUACAAUGUUUUGGUGAUGGAUCUUCUCGGUCCAUCUUUAGAGGAUUUGUUUAAUUUCUGCUCACGCCGUUUCACCAUGAAAACGGUGUUGAUGCUGGCAGAUCAGAUGAUUGGUCGGAUCGAAUAUGUCCACUCGAAAAAUUUCAUUCAUCGCGAUAUCAAACCCGAUAACUUCCUUAUGGGCAUUGGUCGUCAUUGUAACAAGGUAUGUUCCUCAUGUGAAUUAAAACGUUACAUACACAUUUGUAAUCUUCGAUUUCUUUUGCAGUUAUUCCUGAUAGAUUACGGUCUGGCCAAGAAGUAUCGUGACUCACGUACUCGCCUCCACAUCUCGUACCGAGAGGACAAAAACCUGACCGGAACUGCUCGCUAUGCUUCCAUAAAUGCCCAUUUAGGCAUCGAACAAAGCCGGCGUGAUGAUAUGGAGUCCAUGGGCUAUGUCUUAAUGUACUUCAAUCGUGGUAGUCUACCCUGGCAGGGGCUCAAGGCGGCCACCAAGAAACAAAAAUAUGAGAAAAUUAGCGAGAAGAAAAUGUCAACUCCAGUUGAAGUCCUUUGCAAGGGUUUCCCAGCGGAAUUCGCCAUGUACUUGAAUUAUUGUCGUGGCUUGCGCUUCGAAGAGCAACCCGAUUAUAUGUAUUUGAGGCAGUUGUUCCGAAUUUUAUUCCGCACGCUAAAUCAUCAGUACGACUACACCUUUGAUUGGACCAUGCUUAAACAAAAGGCAGCGGCUUCGGCUGCAGUCAUAGGAGGCAGCUCAUCACAGGCAAUGCAACCCCUUCCAGCUCCAGCAGACGAUCGCGAACUGCGUGAGGUACGUGAGCGAGAGGUUGCCGCUCGCAAGUGACUGGCUGGCAGCGGGGGGCGGGGUACGGUCGAUAGGGAGGCGGAACCCAAGGCGCCCAAAGCCGCCAGAACUCAGGAGGCUUGCGACAACGAUCCGGGAGAAUCGCCUGCCGACACCCGUCCGCCAGUGAUGACCAACACCCCCACCGACAAGCGCGUACUGCGCUCGGCCUCCCGCAGAGGGAAAUGAUAGCGUUCACAUUGUCUGUUGAUUUGUUCGAGUGAAUUUGCAACAACCACCACAAAAGAAACACAUAACAAAACCACCUUAAAACAUAUUUUUUUUUGUGUCGCGAUUUACAUUAGGUUUAAGAUUUCAGUAAAAGAAACCAAACCAAACCUUGUGGUUUUCAAGCAGCGAUUGUAUCUUUUUCUUGUAAUUGUCCUCGAGUGAAUUCCCUGUUUCCUGUAAUUCAUUUUUUUUUUUAAACUGCUAGAUUUUUUUUUUUUUUAUUUUGUUAAACUCGCUAUAUCAUCAACAUCCAUCUACCAGCAACACAAACUGUUCAAUUUUACAUAGGUGUUGGCGGAAACCAAUGUAGUGUUUAUCGAUACCCCUUUAUUAUUAUUUUUCAUCCUAAAGAAAAAGUGAUUCAUUUCUUUUGGUAACGUUUGCACUUCUGUUUCGAUAAUCAUUCUUUUGGGUUCACGUCGGAAAAUUCGGUUAGAACCAAUUGUCACCAUCAAUUCUCUCGAAUUCCUCUUGUGGUCUUGAUCACUUCUAUUAUUACCCUACCGUACUUUCACUCCUUUGUUUCUAUUGGAAACAAAGUUGUUCGCUCGGUUCGAUGAAAACUAAUGCUGCUGUCACCUCUACUUUUUGGUUAUGUUUCCUCCGUAAAGCAAUCCGUUCUUACUUCGACUUGGGGGCAGAAUACACUUUUUUGAAAAUAAA